AUGAACAGAUUUAAAACAAAGGGUCGAGUUCUAAUCCUCAUAGUGAUUGUAGCCUUUAUUUUUCUUGAAGAGGCUAUUUUCUCGCGAAAUGAUAAUACAACAUUCAAAUUAUUACGUCCGUUCUCACAGAUAAACAAGGACCAAGAGCCUCGAGAAUUUUGGCAACCCAUUUUCGAUUUAUAUAAUGAAAAUAAAAUCAAACGUGAACAUAAGGUUAAAUUGAAACGAGGUUUGAAGAGACCUUUUCCAAGAGAUAGAGAAUCCCUAAUGAAAAGAUGUGACCUAUCAAAAGAGCAACUUGACGUACUCCAACAGAAGCACACCAACAUAGUGGAAAAUCUUCCUAACGGACUUGCACGCUCCACCUAUAAGAAGGGCUCUAAGGGAAUAGUUAUAAUUGGUGGUGGAUUCUUUUCUUGGUUAGCAAUGGUACUUGUUGUCCAAAUUAGAGCACUUGGCUCUGUCUUGCCAAUAGAAAUCAUUCUACCAAAAAGAGUUGACUACGAUCCAACUUUUUGCGACAUCGAACUUCCGAAAUAUAAUGCUAGGUGCAUGGUUAUUGCAGAUGUUCUUGGAUUGAAUGAAACCCAACUCAAGUUUGUUACACAUCAAUACAAAGGAGUUGCGCUCUUGGCCAACUCUUUCCAACACCUUCUCUUACUAGAUACUGACAAUUUCCCCGUGACAAAUGUUGAUAAGUAUUUCGAUGCACCAGUUUAUAAAAAACAUAAUAUGGUUCUAUGGAGAGAUUUUUGGAAACGUUCAGCACAUCCUUUAUAUUACGAUAUAGCCAAACUUCCGGUUAAUGUCAAUAAACAAGUUAGAUUGGGUGCAUUACCGCUUAUAGACCCUGUAGAGCUAACAAAAGAACAAUCCGAAGCAGCCACGUUCCAUGACUUAGAAGGCACAAUACCUGAAUUUUCAACCGAGUCAGGACAAAUACUUGUCAAUAGGGAGACUCAUGGUAAGAUGUUGCUAUUAGCAAUGUAUUAUAACAUUUUGGGACGUGAUGUAUAUUAUCAAAUAUUCAGUUUGGGUGCCAGAGGUAAAGGAGAUAGAGAUACAUUUGCUGCAGCAGCUCUUGUGACUGGUUCAGAUUAUUAUCAGGUGAAGUCACUGAUUUUGCGGUUCCAGAUGGAAUUGGAUAAUGGUGAAAUGCAACACAUCGCUAUGGGUCAACGUGACCCAGAAUUAGAUUAUGAAUUAUAUAAUAAAGAGUAUAAGAAGCUUCUAAAAGAUCCAAAAGUUCAUGGAAAGAAUCUAGAGGAACAAACCGAAAUUCUAUCCAAAUUUUUUGACGAACACUUUGAAAAUCCUAAGGUGCCUGUAUUUGCCGUUCAUUGCAACACUUGGAAAUUCAAUCCUGCUAGCUACAUGAACAUAAAGCACAUUACUGACAAGGAAGCAAAUUGUCUUAAGAAGAGAAUCUACAGUCACUUUACGUAUCCAGAUAGAGGCAAGGACAUAGAUUUUGAAUCACGAAGAUUUGAAAUUGCACACAAAUUGCUAUGUGAAGAGAAGAUACAGUUUAAACAUUUCAAGAAUCAAAAUAUGGAUCGUGCUUGCGAGUAUACGAGGAAUUCCAUAGCGUGGUUAAAAGAAAAUUAG